GCACCACAUUUCUCUGUGUUUCAGGUGGAACUGGAUGAUCUCAGAGGCCCAGAAGGAACACAAGCUUGAGGGACUGAACGCAAGGUCCCGCUGCAGGGAGGGUUUUCUGUCCGUGAGGUACUUGCCUGUUGUAGAAGAAAUCUCCAGCAAGGAGUUUCCACAGAAAGCACCACCGAGCUGAUGGCAGGAAGCAAUUGCACCCCAGUGACAGAGUUCAGCCUAACCGGGUUCACCAAGGACCUGGUGGCUCAGCUCACCCUCUUUCUGAUGUUUCUUCUUGUCUAUCUUUUCACCAUCCUGGGGAACCUGGGGAUGAUCACCUUAAUCAGGGCCAGCCCUCAGCUCUGCUCCCCCAUGUAUUACUUCCUGGGCAACCUGGCUUUUGUAGACCUCUGUUCGUCCACUGUCAUCACCCCCAAGAUGCUGGUAGACUUUCUAUCUGAGAAGAAAGGCAUUGCUUAUGCUGGGUGCAUGGCCCAGGUCUUCAUUUAUGACCUUUUUGGGAUGACUGAGUGCUUCCUGCUGGCUAUGAUUGCGUAUGACCGUUACAUGGCCAUUUGCCACCCCCUGAUGUAUCCCCUCGUCAUGUCCCCAAAAUGCUGUCUCCAGAUGGUGGUGGGGUCCUAUCUCAUGGGGCUGGCCAAUGGCGUGUGGCAGACUAUUGGCAUGUCCAGUUUAUCCUUCUGCAGCUCCAAUGUCCUUGACCUGUUCUUCUGUGACAUUUCCCUUUUGAUAUCCCUCUCAACCUCCGACACCACCCUCAGCUACCUUAUCCUGAGAACUUCAGCCUCUUUAUUCGGUAUGUCCAGCUGUCUGGUUGUCCUGGUCUCCUACGUGGCCAUCAUCUCUGCCAUCCUGAGCAUCCAUUCAGCUGAGGGCAAGCGCAAAGCCUUCUCCACCUGUGCCUCCCACCUCACCACUGUGAGCAUCUUCUACGGGACGGCGCUUUUUAUGUACCUAAAGCCCAGCUCAGACAGCUCAAGAGAAGACAAAUGGGCUGCGGUGCUCUACAUCGUGGUGACUCCCAUGCUGAAUCCCUUGAUCUACAGCCUGAGGAACAAGGAGGUGAAGGAGGCUCUGAGGAGAUUACAGAAUGAAAUUCUAUUUCAAGACGGUGUUGUAAAAUCAUUAAGGGCUGUAAUAAUCACCCUCAGGCUGCCAACCCCUUUAGCAAGAAAAAUAGAGACGACAGAAAAUAACUGA